AUGCUAUUCACUCCAUCUGAUCGGCGCUUCACAUCACAAGAGAUCCCCAUUCGGACCAGAAAAUAUCUAUACAAAAAACCCGCUGCCAACAGAAUUGCACAUCUCAGCCCAAACGCCUCAAACAUGAUGUCCAUCACAGUCGCCAUCUUCAACGGUGAGCUGAGCAUUUCCAAGAACAGUUCGCCUGGUAUCCUCCAACAACCGCUAGAAGAACCAAGCGGAUCAGAAUGGAGUGGUGGCACCAACCCACCAUCAGCAAGUGAAAUCCAGCGUGAGAUUUUAAUCUUGAAGGGCAUCAAGGUACCUGGCCCGGAUGGUCUACACCCCGUGCUAUUCAGAGAAGGUGGCGAGGUCCUGGUGAACAUUCUAACAAACAUGCUGCAGAAGAUUUGGAACGGAAACAGAAUACCAGCUCAAUGGAGCUCCUCGACCGUCAUACUGGUUUUCAAAAAAAGAACCCUUCCCAUCACCAUCGUCGACAACAUAACAUCAGUGUUCAACACCGACCUUUCGUGCGCCCUUUUAGAUCUGAUCAAAUAUCCUUCCCAAAACCUUGGAAGCAUGCUUGUGCUCGUAAUAGGUGAUUUCCACAUCCCUGACAGGAAACAUUCCAUUCAUCCGGCGUUUAAAAACCUGCUGGCUCCUGGGAAGAUACAACACAUUCUGUGUACGGGGAACCUAACCACAAAAUGUAUGUAUGACUACCUGAAGCUUAUAUGCGGCGAUGUACAUGUAGUCAAAGGUGAAUAUGAUGAGGGUUUGGACUUCCCUCACACCAAAGUUCUUAGUGUGGGCAAUUUCAAAAUUGGCUUGAUCAAUGGUUACCAAAUAGUGCCCUGGGGUGAUCAGCAACGACUGGCGAUGCUUCAGAGACAGCUGGAUGUGGACAUCCUCAUCUCGGGGCAUACUCACCAAUUCGAGGCCUACGAGUAUGGCGGUCGUUUUUUUAUUAACCCUGGUUCGGCAACCGGUGCAUUUACUCCAUUGUUAAAGUUCCGGUUGCGCAACUCUGGUGAUGCGGAGGCCACUGUGGUAGGAUAUGCCGUCGUGGGUGUUCAAAGCGUUCAGCUGUAG